AUGACCAAAAAGAAGAAAAAUGAAUGCGAAAACGAAACUCUAGAACCAAAUACUCAAAUUAGCGUAAGUGAAACGAGUACCAAAAAAACUAUUGUCAAAGAGAAUUAUUAUCUUAAACAGCUUUUGGAAGAAAAGGAAAAAUUUAUAUAUCAGUUGGUAAAUGAAAACCGUAGACUACAGGAAGCAUAUGACUUGAUUUCUGCCAACAUAGUAGAGAAGGAAUCCGUUGUAUCUACUUUGGCUAUUGUAACUGAUCAACUAGAACAGCUUGAGAAAAGAACAGACUUGCAAUUUUUUGUCAUUAAACCACCACGCUAAUCGUCUGGUAAGGAACAUGAAUUUACAUAAGGAGAAACAGUACCUCCCAACGUACUUGAUAGUGCAGUACCAAUAGACAACAAGUUCCAUCUCAUUGUAUGAGUUUGUGAAAAGAAUUCACAAAUGAUCUCCAUGAUAGAGACUAACCCUAGGAAGAACCAGACAAAGCCC